GUGCCAGUAACCGAUCUUCGAUUGUCCACUCGCCACUGACGACCAGCCCACACAGUCCAACAGUAUGUUCCUCUCUCGUCGAUCCAUUCGAGCAUCGAGCUCCUUCUUGUCCGCCGCCGCCCGGUCGACCCGGAACGCCUCGUCACUCGUCUACAUCGAGCACAAGGAUGGGAAACUCAACGAUAGCGUCCUCCACGCCGUCACCGCUGCCAAGCAGGUCAAGGGGGAUCUGAACGCUAUCAUCAUCGGGACCGAGGAGGAGGUCGGCAAGGUCACUGAGGAGGUCAAGAGGAUCGACGGGUUCAGCAAGAUCUACACGGCCAGCUCUCCCGAUUACGCUCACGGACUCGCCGAAGCCAUCACCCCCGUCCUAACCAAAUUCCUCGACUCCUCCAACCCCACCACCCACCUCUUUUCCGCCCAUACGGCGGUGAACAAAGACCUCUUCCCCCGUCUCUCCGGUAGUUUGAACGUGAGCAUGAUAGCCGAUAUCAUCUCCCUUACCCAUACCGAAGGUGCGGAAGAAGAGACUGUCUUUAAGAGGCCGAUUUAUGCGGGGAAUGCGAUUCUUGAGAUAAAGACGACUAAGGAUAAGGAUAGGGUCAGGGUUGUCACGGUUAGGACGACGGCUUUUGAUAAAGCUACUCUGGGGGAGGGGAAUGGGGCGGAGGUUGUUCAGGUUGAGGCGGUCGGUUCGACUAGCCCGACCAAGCACCUCUCGGAAGAACUCACCAUCUCCUCCCGACCCGACCUCUCGUCGGCCCCUAGGGUCGUCUCGGGCGGACGAGCGUUGAAGAGCGCGGAACAGUUUAACGGGGUCAUGGAGCCUCUUGCGGAUAGCUUGUCUGCCGCUAUCGGAGCAUCGAGGGCGGCGGUAGAUGCGGGUUAUGCGGACAACUCGUUGCAAGUCGGACAGACUGGAAAGGUCGUUGCCCCCGAGCUCUACAUGGCCGUCGGCAUUUCGGGCGCUAUUCAGCAUUUGGCGGGGAUGAAGGAGAGCAAGAUGAUCGUCGCUAUCAACAAGGACCCGGACGCGCCGAUCUUCCAGGUCGCCGAUCACGGGUUGGUAGCAGACUUGUUCACCGCCGUGCCCGAGUUGACCGAGAAGAUCAAGGCUGCCAAGGCCUAGGUCUGGCACUAAUGCGGGUCACAGUGAGGAACGUGUAUUUGUAUGGUCGGACAAGAAAAGGAAUUGAAGCAAAUGGAUUAUAUGA